AUGAGCUCAAGUCAAGUCGUCGGCCCAGGCAUAUCUGGACUCGCCUCAUGGGCGCUUCACUUCAGUCCGACCGCCUGGUUCAAGUCGUGGCUCUUGUAUUUGGGGAUCCAGACGCAUGUUCGAGGAACACUAGAGCCCGAAAUGAAGCCACUGCACAAUAUCUGCGAAUACCUACACGCGCUUCAUAUCUAUACGGAUGAGGCUCGACGGGGGGAAGUGAGGACAGUUUCGGCGCAUCACUUUUGCUCGCACGUCAGUAAAGAUCUUCGACAGUGCCUCAUCUACGACUCGUGCAAACCCGGAGCGAGACUCAUUGGUGUCGAGUUCAUGAUCCCUAAAGCCCGCUACGAGGCGCUCGAUCCGCAAGAACAGAAAUACUGGCACUCGCACGAGUUCGAGGUCAAGUCCGGCAUGCUUGUUCUCCCGUACCCGGAGUCUCACAGACGCCGAAAGGACAAGUGGGACGAACUGGAAACCAAAGCAAUGGAGGAGGUCGUCACCCUCUACGGCAAACUGUACCAUUUCUGGCAGGUCGACAAAGGCGACGAACUGCCACUGGGUCCCCCAACACUCAUGGGCUCUUUGACCGAAUCGAAACAGCUCGACGUGGACGCGGCGAUGAAGGACAGGAACGAGGAGUUGGGGAUCGACCAGCCCGGGAAGCGCAAAUUGAGAGAGCACAUCGACCUCCCUGGGGUCUCUGAGAAUGCGGAUAGUUGGUGGAAAGAGGCUCAGCAGAAAAAAGUCGGUAUCUACGCUUCGUGA